GGCCGCCCACCAUUGUUCUAACUCGAUCUUUCAGGCCAUGUGCGAUCGCCUUUGCCGCAGCUGAAACUAGAAGUCUCUGAAGUUAUAGUUUUGCGCUUGCAAUUAUCGAAAGAAGCCUUUAUUUUCGUCGCAAACAAGGAAUUUAAAUCAUAUUAAAGAUGUAUCGCCUGCCAGCCGUAUUGCGAACCGUCGCCAGCCGCCAGCUCUUCCCCAGCAAGACGGCCCUCCGCCACUACGCCAAAGAUGUCCGUUUCGGGGCUGAUGUAAGAGCAGAGAUGCUCAAAGGCGUCGACAUUCUCGCCGAUGCGGUCGCAGUUACCAUGGGCCCCAAAGGCCGAAACGUAAUUCUGGAGCAGUCAUGGGGCAGCCCCAAGAUCACAAAGGACGGCGUGACCGUGGCCAAGGGAAUCGAACUGAAGGACAAAUUCCAGAACAUCGGCGCCCGCCUCGUGCAGGACGUGGCCAACAACACGAACGAAGAGGCCGGCGACGGCACCACCACGGCCACCGUGCUCGCCAGGGCCAUCGCUAAGGAAGGCUUCGAGAAGAUCAGCAAGGGCGCCAACCCCGUUGAAAUCAGGAGGGGAGUCAUGACCGCUGUCGACACAGUCAUUGAACAUCUGAAGAAAAUGUCCAAGCCAGUCACUUCUCCCGAGGAAAUCGCUCAGGUGGCCACUAUUUCCGCGAAUGGUGACCAGACGAUAGGAAAUCUCAUCUCGGACGCCAUGAAGAAGGUCGGCAAAGAGGGCGUCAUCACGGUUAAGGACGGAAAGACUUUGAAUGAUGAGCUCGAGGUUAUUGAGGGAAUGAAAUUCGACAGAGGCUAUAUUUCUCCUUACUUCAUCAAUACUGCCAAAGGUGCCAAGGUUGAAUACCAAGACGCUUUGGUGCUGUUUAGCGAGACCAAGAUCUCUAGCGUCCAGUCGAUCAUUCCCGCCCUCGAAUUGGCCAACUCUCAAAGAAAACCUCUAAUCAUCCUUGCUGAGGACAUCGAUGGCGAGGCCCUGAGCACCCUUGUCGUUAACAGGCUGAAGAUCGGUCUGCAGGUCGCUGCUGUCAAGGCUCCCGGCUUCGGAGACAACCGCAAGGCUACCCUGACUGACAUGGCGAUUGCCACUGGUGGCAUUGUCUUCGGAGAUGAGAGCAACUUGGUCAAGCUGGAGGAUAUUCAGUUGGCCGAUCUCGGUGUUGUUGGUGAAGUUUCCAUCACCAAGGAUGACACUCUUUUCCUCAAGGGUAAGGGCAAGGCCGAUGACAUCAGCCGUCGAGUGGAGCAGAUCAAGGACCAAAUCGAAAACACCACUUCCGAGUACGAAAAGGAGAAGCUGCAGGAGCGUCUUGCGCGUCUGUCCUCUGGCGUGGCGCUGCUGAAGAUCGGUGGCUCAAGUGAAGUCGAGGUGAACGAAAAGAAGGACCGCGUGACCGACGCCCUGAACGCCACCAGGGCCGCCGUGGAGGAGGGAAUUGUUCCCGGAGGCGGCACCGCCCUGAUCAGGUGCAUCCCUCACCUCGCCAGCCUCAAGGCAGCUAACCCUGACCAGCAGACCGGCAUCGACAUCGUCAAGAAGGCGCUUAGGAUGCCUUGCAUCACCAUUGCUAAGAAUGCAGGCGUCGACGGCUCGGUCGUGGUGGCCAAGGUUGAGGACGCUGCGCCAGAAAUCGGCUACGACGCCAUGAACAACGAGUACGUCAACAUGAUCCAGAAGGGAAUCAUCGAUCCCACUAAGGUUGUGAGGACGGCUUUGACUGACGCUGCCGGAGUUGCUUCCCUUCUCACGACUGCUGAGGCCGUGGUCUGCGAACUGCCCAAGGAGGAGAAGGAAGGCGGUAUGCCAGGAAUGGGCGGUAUGGGAGGCAUGGGUGGAAUGGGCGGCAUGGGUGGCAUGAUGUAAAUCGCAUCGGCCAACGUCUGCGUCCGCCUCCCAAGCUGUCCCCCGGACCUCGGCGUUAGUUGCAUUUUUGUGAGAGAAUAUAUAAAAGAUAGUGACAUAGGGAAGUGCAUAGAGCUGUUGAGAGACGGACAUUUGGCAGCAGUUUCACUCCGCGAUAGAUAGUUUUUUAUUCAUAAUGUUGUUUCACUCAUAUAUUUUUGUGUUAUUCAUUCCAAUCAUCGAGAAAGAACGCAACUGAGUCAUCAAUUUAGCACAACUACACCAGGCAACAGAAUCAAUUUGUUCACCUUUUCUGUUGGGAAAUAUGAUUUCAAUAGAAAUUGCUUUUCAUAAAAUAUAA